AUGUGGCAGGUCAAGGAGAAGUCGAUCAAGUUUCAAGUAUUGGCGGACAGCUACGUUGGUGUGUUUCCGGAACACCCGUCAGCGACAAGCUCAAUUAUUAACUUCUUCGGCGGGUGCAAUGUAGACCUCCACUUUCAUAAGUCGAUGGUCGCGAAGUGCCAGGCAAAGACCGCAACUUUUACUGAGUUGGUUAACGCACUGAAAAAGGAAGUCUUUAAGAGCGAGUGGUUGUUCAUCAACAGCAUUGCGGAUCGCACGCAACGCUUAUAUUAUGAGCUAGUGCGUUUGGGUAUCGCAGGUUACCCAUAUACAACGCUAGUAGAUGCUGGCGAAUUCUACGGCAACAUGACGAAUAUUUUAGACUCGCAUUCGCAACAGACAAAUGUGGCGCGGUUCACUAGCAAGAAGCGUACACAGCACGUGACCGAUCGUGCAGAUCAGGUCACUGCAGGUUCGCAUGCUUCCUGGUGUGAGCUGCUGCACUGGACACAUGACACAGAGCUUUUUGUGCAUUUGCUGAUGCCACAUGGCAGAGGGGAGUAUGCAACUGGGUUAAGCAAUCGACGCGAACAAAGUGAAGGAGACACAGGCGCUGGGUAG